GCGUUACUCGAUCAUUACUAUGUCGCGUAAACUUUAACCCGGAAUCAGAAUGUAUAUUCUGAUCAAUAGAAGGCAUUAUAUAACACGCAUCAUCAUCAAUAGUCAUGCAUGAUCUAACUAUGAUACAUUUCAGAUUACAUAGUGAUGACGAAGAUGCGUAGCCAUAGUAAUGAUUACAUAACUUACAGUAUCAAGGCCUCGUGUAUCGAAAUCAUGUGUUGGGAUUUGCAUGAUAGAAAACCCCGCUUCCUUCAUUCUGCCAGCGCCAUAAGCUCUCUCUCUCUCUCUUUCCUUCUUUCAAGACUUCUAAACAUGCCUACUACCACCAUUCGCAUUGGUUACGUCCCUGAACAUUUCUCGACUCCGUUGUACAUUGCACGCGAUCGCGGAUUCUUUGGCGAAAACGAUGUUUCGGUCGAACUCGUCUGCUGCCCAGGUGGAACUGGUGAGGUAUAUACAUACGCUGGAGGAAAUUGACAGAUGACGCAAAAGCUCCAAAAUAAGGAAAUCGAUUUGGCCAUUGCAUUGACUGAAGGUCUUGUUGCCGGUAUCAGCAAGGGCCAGGAUUGGUACAAGAUUGUCGGCACUUAUGUGGAGGCACC